CGCGCUGUACACGUCGUAACGAUACAUAAAUAUGAACACGAACAAGGAUUGGUUGCAAGAAUUUAUGUCAGAGAAUUAUGAGACGCCUAUUCAGAAGCUGAACGAGCUGCUUGAGACGAAAGACAGCGCAUUGAAGAUGUUUGAGCAAUCGCAGAUUCUACUAGCACAACUAAACUCACAAAUGGACGCGUCCCUAAGCUCUUUAAACCAUACUGUCACACGAAUGAUCACACAUACACCCAAGAUGGCCACCUCCCUAUCGUCUUUGCAAAAUGAGAUUGGUCAACUUGUUGAGUGCGUUCUCCAAGUCUCCAAAAGCGGUCCAAAACAUGAAGAAGCAAGAGCAGCAAUCAAUAAGCUUCAAAAGCUUCAUUUGAUUCAAACAAAUCUUGUCAAAACACUGGAAUUACUGCAGAAGUCUGACGCAUCGGCUGUAACCGAGAAGUAAAUCACUCUGUGCACUCGAGUCACGCGUUUUACGUCGUACAAAAGAGUCUACUGCAUAUUUUGGUAUUCAGGACCCCUUCCACAAACGAUCGUCCUCUGAAAUUCUGUAUUCGUCUUGCAUUUCAGUACUUUUUUUUCCAACUGUGUCGCUUAAUUAACCGAACAAGCUUACACGCGACACGUUUACCGAGUGUCCUGCCUCUACGCUUCCAUACUUACUACACCAGACAGCUUGGGUUUUCUGCUUA